GAAAAUACUGACGCCUUCAAACUGGACAAUUUGUCGCUGUGCAACAGAAUGAAGAACAUGUAAGGUAUCAAAAUGGAUGAUUUGGAUCACAGCAUACACAUUGCAGAGUACGACUGGACGAGCUUCUAUGAGGACAGUGAGGAGUGCAGUCUGCUGCAGCCUUCACUUGCUUACCCUGAUAACUCAAGCGAUUCAGAGGAUUCUAGUUCAGUCUUUGAACAGGAGCCACAGCACAGGCCUGCUGCAAACAAGGAUGCACCUGAAGGCAACACGAGAGGAUGCAGCACUGUAGAGGAAAGCUGCACAGGUUGCAUUGAAGUAUCAGUGCAGCUCAAUCAGAGUGAUGCGGGAAGACAACGAGAUGAUGUUACAACUAAAGCUGAAGAGGACAUUGUAACACAGGUGGACUCUGAAAUAUGUCUCGAUGGAGGAAAUACUGCAGAACACAUCACAGACGUGACAAAUAACAUUACUGACACACUGCACACUGAAGUAAUAGAUGUUCAAGUUUCUGUACAAACAGAGAGUGACAUUUGUGACUUUAAAUCCAUACAUGAGCCUGAUCCUGAUGUAAAAGAUCAAAAUGUAAAUGAGCCACUCGCUGCAGAGAAAGCUGUGGCUGUGAGUGAAGAUGUGGGCAGUGCUCCUAUUAAAGCAGAGAAAGAGCGCUGGUUCGUGACAGUGAAUGAAAGUCCUGCACGACACCGGCCGCGUAUUGCCUCUGUGAAAAAAAAACGAAGACAAAAAAAACCUUGUAAAGACAAUCACAUGACAAUUACACUUGGAUAUGGCUUUGAGUCCGAGGUAAACAGAGAUAAAAAAGAAUCUGAGAGAGAGAUGGAUAUGAAGUUCAUCAUGCAAUUACACCAAAACUCAGGAGGCCAUUUAAAAGCUGAAAUAAAUCCUGAGAGCUUGCAAUGGGAAAACAUGUCUUCUUUAACAUCUAGUGAAGAAGACAAUGUGUCACAUUCCUCCAAAGAAAACACAGAUAAGCCAACCAUGGACAGAAACAAAUAUGAAAUUUGCAGCUUAGCAAACACAUUUACACUGAAAGACCUUUCACAGCUGGAGAGCAUGGAGUCAGAUGAGUUUGAAGACAGUGUUGAGUUCUUCUCCAGUCACAGUUACGAUUCUGAAAGCUACGUGUCAGCUUCUGAAUCAGUGGAGGACCCUCUACAUCUCAUUAAAGAACAACACACUAAAACCCAACAAAUGCAAUGCAAUGCUGUCAUUACACAGGACAGAGAAAUGCAUUCAUGCAAUGGCGCUCUCUCCAGUAAUGCAGCAGCUACCAACUGUGAAGGUUAUGAAAUUGACCGAGCUUAUGUUGAACCUACCGUGACAUUUCCAUCUGCCAGCCAAAGAGUUGACAAAAUGCCAGACGACAACUCCACAUGUGACAUUGACACAGACAGCACGGCGCCUCACAUGCACUCAGAUGCACCUGGACUCCAAAAAGACGAAUUGCCAACAGAAGUGAAUCUUCCAGCAUCUGGUUGCACUAUGGGAGAUCAGCUUGGAUCCCCUCCUCUCCCUGUUCCUGAUUUAACUGUGACACCUUGCUCUGUGGUUGACAGCCCCGAAACAUAUGCAGAAGCCACGGGCCACACUCGCCCAGUGUACGCCAUCUCUGCUUUUUGGGAUGAGAUGGAAAAACUGACAAUAAAUGACAUUUUGCAGCUUAGGAUGGGUAGAAGCACACCUCACAGGGAAACACAAGAAACAGUGAGACCUAAUGUAGAUACUCAGACACAUAGCAGCUCUCUAGCAGACACUGAGGAGUAUCAUCUGUCUGAUGUAGGUUUAUUGGACAUAUCCGACACAGCUGACUCAGACUAUUGCACACUGUCUGAUGAAUCCAAGCCGGAUCGCUCAAGUUGUGACUUUUCCACCUCAGAUUUUGAAGAAGACUAUUGGCAGUUUAUCAGCGCCAGCAGGAACCCCAGCCCUGAUUCUUAUAGCAAAACCCAACACAGCCAAAGGACCCCUGACUUUCUUUUCUCAGCACAUGACGAAGAUGGAUCAACGAGCUCUGAAGGUAAGGAGACACCAGUUCCUCUAGAGCACUCUGAUCAGGAACUUCAGUCCCCGAGACAGAUGUUGAAAAGCGAAAGUGUUCAAAACAUACAAGCUCUCAAUACAGAGGAGUUAUCUUUGCAGGGUUUAUUCAGUAAUGAUGAUAGCAGUCUGUUUCUAGGCAGCUGUAAGUCUCUGGAGGAAAGCGCAAUUUUGGAUUUAAGUGACAGUUUGGAAACAUUAGUAUCUGCACCUAUUCUAUCCAACACAGACGUACUGGAUGAACACUACCGAAUAACCUUCCCAGAAGUAUUUGAAUACUUUUUCAUGCAGGGUAAAGCAGAGAAUGAAUCCAGCUGUGUCACCGUCUACGAUCCAGAAAACCUCUCAGUGGCUCCUACAUAUGAACACAGUAUUUGUUUAUUCAGGGAUGAAAUGUCAUUCUCUUCCCUCCAUGAUUCCCGGUGCGGUGAGGGGAAACCCAUACCUAUCUUCUCUUGUUCACAUCCUACCGUCAGAGAACUCACAUUCCCAAAACCAGACUAUUUUUUCCUGAGUGCAGACACCUUGGAAGAGGAUGACAUCUCUCCUAUCAGAGUUGUAUCUCACUCACUCAUCCAGACUAGUGAUUGUGGGAUUGUGAGAUCUCAGGAUUGGAAAAGUUUGCUGUCAAUAAGGAAAAUAAGCUUCCAUGGCAAAGGCAGCAUCUGGUGCAGAGGGUCUGGUACUUGGGUGUUCCCUGCUGCGGCUGAGAAGAGAGCAGAUCCUCAAAUCCCUGUGCUCGAUGUGGGAAGAGUCUCCUCAGCACCAUCCAAGCUGUUCGGAGAGCUGGCGGUGCAGCAGAGCAUACUGGAUGCAGCAAAACAAGAAAGCACCUUCUCCACACUUAAGCAGUCCGAUAUGUGUCUGGUCUGCAUCGCCUUUGCCUCCUGGGUACUAACAUCUUCUGAUCCAAAGGCUGCUGAUGCCUGGAAAGCAGCUCUUCUAGCAAAUGUGAGUGCACUGUCGGCUAUCCGGUACCUGCGGCAGUAUGUGAAGAAGAGUUCUCUUCACGAUGAUCCCUGA